CACUUUUUUACCAGUAAGGUAAUUAUCCCGCCACUUUUCCGGGGCUGGCCAUCACAGCUUUUUUGCUCGAGAAGUUUAGACAGAAAAAAAGGAAACACAAGAGUGGGGGAGGAUGAAUCUAUCACGACAUACACACAGGCAAAGGGAAGGCGGAGAGGACGCAUGCAUCUGGACGAAAAGAGAGGUAAGGGGGCGACACAUGCAUCUGGACGAAAGGCAGAGGAAAGGGAGAUACAUGCAUCUGACGAAAGGCAGAGGAAAGCGAGAGAGAGUGAUCGAAUGGCAACGAGAAAAAGGCCGAUGAAACGAAGAGAAUGUCUGGCAAAAUUGUGAUUCGACACGUGGGAAGGAUCUUUGCGGGGGUGUCGGAUGAUGAUGAUGAUGAUGAGAAGAAGGGGUUGAUGAUGAUGAUGAUGAUGUGGAAGAAGGGAGAGGGAGAGGGUGAUCGAAUGACAACGAGAAAAAGGCCGACGAAACGAAGAGAAUGUCUGGCAGGAUUGAACGGUGACGUGGCAGGAUUGUGAUUCGACACGUGGCAAAGAUCUCUGCGGGGGUGUCCAUCGUGAUGCUGCUGCUGCUGGGUGAUGAUGAUGAUGUGGAAGAAGGGAGAGGGAGAGAGGGCGAUCGAAUGACAACGAGAAAAAGGCCGACGAAACGAACAGAAUGUCUGGCAGAAUUGAACGGUGACGUGGCAUGAUUGUAAUGCGACACGUGGCAAGGAUCUCUGCGGGUUCUUCCAGUCGUGUUCCUGCUGCUGCUGCUGGGUGAUCAUGAUGAUGUGGAAGGAGGGAGAGGGAGAGAGGGUGACCGAAUGACAACGAGAAAAAGGCCGACGAAACGAAGAUAAUGUCUGACAGCAUUGAACGGUGACGUGGCAUGAUUGUUAUGCGACACGUGGCAAGGGUCUCUGCGGGGGUGCCCAUCGUGUUGCUGCUGCUGCUGGGUGAUGAUGAUGAUGAUGAUGUGGAAGAAGGGAGAGGGAGAGAGGGCGAUCGAAUGACAACGAGAAAAAGGCCGACGAAACGAACAGAAUGUCUGGAAGAGAAUUGAACAGUGACGUGGUAUGAUUUUGAUUCGACACGUGGCAAAGAUCUCUGCGGGGGUGUACAUUGUGCCGAUGCUGCUGAUGCCGAUGAUGAUGGUGAUCAAUCAUGAUGCCGACGAUGAUGAUGAUGAUGAUGAUGAUGAUGAUGAUGAUGACGAUGAUGAUGACGAUGACGAUGAUGAUGAUGAAGACAAGCUCACAAAUGGACACGUGUCAAGGGGUGGCAACUGGUCACGUGGCAACUUUUUUCACCGGUUGCUUCGCGAAAAGCGCGGGAAAAUGUUUCGUCGGGUUCCCGUUCCACAAGACUCGUCUAUUACACAACCAGCAAGCGGCCAAGGGGAGGAGGAGGGUCGAUCUGCGAAAAGCGCGGGAAUGUUUCGUCGGGUUCCCUCCAAUUCUGCUUACAAUGGGAGGAGGAGGAGGGUCGAUCUGCGGAAGAGGGGCGCUGGGCAUCAGAUGGUUCGAUUCCCCGCCAACGGGCGGAGGUUCCAUUUCCGAGAAGAGCUGACAACUGGACACGUGGCUAGAGCUCACAAAUGGACACGUGUCAAGAUCUCUGGGUCGGAGGGGUUUAUCUUCUCUCGGCAGACGUCGGAUGUUCGAUUUCCGGCUUCCGGAGUCGGAACAGUGUCCGACCGAUCGUGUCCGUCGAUUGCUGUCAUUUCCGAAUCCGGAAUCGAACCUCCGACCGGCGACCUCUGCCGACGACGGCGUCUGACGGCGCUGAUGUCAGAUUCGGCUUCUUCGAUGUACAGCAGCAGCUAUAAUCUAAUCAGCGCCGUCGCACACCGUUAAGAAAGAGAGGGGCUGGUUGCGGUUGCAAACAUCAGCGCUGUCGUACACCGUUAAGCAUCGCAAUCAGCGCUGUCGCACACCGUUAAGAAUCGCAAUCAGCGCUGUCGCACACCAUUAAGAAUCGCAAUCAGCGUUGUCUCGCACACCGUUAAGAAUCGCAAUCAGCGCCGUCGGCCAACGUUAAGAAUCGCAAUCAGCGUUGUCGCACACCGUUAAGAAUCGCAAUCAGGGCCGUCAGACACCGUUAAUAAGAAUCACAGGGCGGGAAUUCGACCGACCGUGAGAGACCCUUAGGAAUCGCAAUCAGCGCCGUCACACACUUCCGCCGUAAGAAUUGCAAGCCGGGAAUUCCGCAAACCCGUCACACACCGUUAAGAAUCUCGGGGCCAACCAGCGUUGUCGCACACCGUUAAGAAUCGCAAUCGGCGCCGUCAGACACCGUUAAUAAGAAUCACAGGGCGGGAAUUCGACCGACCGUGAGAGACCCUUAGGAAUGGCAAUCAGCGCCGUCACACACUUCCGCCGUAAGAUUUGCGAGCCGGGAAUUCCGCAAACCCGUCGC